UAUUUUGUCCAAAAAGACCGUCUUUAGGCUCUUAGUGUGUGUGUGUGCUGAGUUGUUCCCCUUAUUUGUGAGCAGGUUGGGUACUAUCCAAGGUAGAGAAACCACUGAAGGAGUAAUAAUGUACGACGACAACGACGCUCCUCCACCAGCACGCAGCGCACACAGCAAACCCAGCCGGCGAAAUUCCUCCACGCAGUUGGGAAGCCAUGCCCUACCUACGCCUCAACGGCACCGACCUAUUGAUCCUCGUUUUGAUCCGAUGUUUGGUAACGCCGAUCUUUCACAGUUUAAGAACAAUUACAAAUUUCUCCAAGAACAGAUAGAAGAGGAAGAAACCCGACGGCAGCAUCGUAUUCGCUGUCUUAAGUGUAUUCUUCGGCGUUUUACCUUGGAGGAUGCAGGAGAAGAUCUAGCUGAGUACGAUUUAUCCGAAGAUGAGCGUAUGAUCUUUGGUGAGGAUCAGCUGCAAGAGCUAAACCAUCUCAAAUUAACACCGUCAGAGCGCAUUCAUGCCGAGCUUGAUAAGCUGAAGCGAGAAUCACAGCUAUACAAAUCCAAGACAAAGGGUAAUGCAGCUGUAUCACGGAAGGCGCAAAUUAAAAAAGGAUUAAUGCGUAAGGAAGUGCAGGCAGUGAAGAUGGGCACGAAAUUAAAGCCUUACUUCCCAAAACGCAGUGUUGUUAAGAAAGCUAUCCACGCAGACACCUUUGAGAGCUUAGAACAAAAGGGUGGUAAGCACGCAGUGGAGCGGUAUUUAGCACGCAAGAGCAAGAAACAGCAUUAGUAUGUAUCAGCAGACAGUGUGUUAUUCUGAAGGGAUCGUCCUUACUUUUGUACGUACAGUUCGCAAAAUGCCUUGGAUGAUGCCGCUUGACAGUAUCAGAUUUUCCUUCUUUUUAUUAUGGAUAAUUAUAGCAGGAAUCCACGAGGUUUUUUUUUUCGAUGUGCCAACAGGGUGUAGAAAAAAAUGAUAGACUAGAAUCAUUGCUAGCAUUUGGUGCCUUAUUUUGAAAUUAUAGGUUGCGAUUUCUGGGUGUAAGGACAA